AUGGCGGCCCCGCCCCGGAAGAUGAUCGAGGAUGAGGAGGAGUUUCUCAAGGAUCUUGCGGCUUUCCAUGAGAAGCGAGGGACCCCCUUCGACCGCGAAGGCAAAGUUAGUGGUCGCCCCAUCUCCCUGUAUAGGCUUUACAGAAUGGUCAUGGAGAAAGGCGGCUAUGAUGCUUUGUCUGCAGAACGAAUGAAAUGGAGGACUCUCGUCAAGGAGUUUGGCUUUGGCAAAACCCAUGAGGCCGUCAUGACAUUUCAACUUAAAACGGUAUAUUACAAGAAUCUCGCCGCGUAUGAGAUUGCCACGUACUGGGGAGAAGAGCCGCCGCCCCGGGAAAUUCUCGAAGAUCUCAGUGCAAAAGGGGGUGAUCUGCGAACACGGACUCUGGAAAACUACCCAGUGCCUGUCAACCGGGCUGCCCUUGAGCUUGCCAUGACGGACACGGGAGGAACAGAAGCAGAGUCUGGCGAAGAGGACGUUCAGAUGACGCCCAAGGCGGAGAAGACUGAACCCGAAGAGCAGGGAAGCGCAAGCAGGUAUCCCACUCGCCAAUUGCGACAAGACCCCAAACGCACCCAACUGUUCCAGCUGGACACUGCACCUACACGCGUUCGCAACGUCCGCGCGACCGACUCUCCUUCGGCUCCGCCGCCUCCACAACAGCCCUACACACACACCUCAAAUGAUCCUCGCAGCUCAACUUUUGACUGGUUUGAUAAGUACGAGCCACGACAGCCUGUUGCGUUGACUCUUCGACAAGUCAUCACUCCUGGGAAUGAUUCCAUGUUUUACGCUCGCAAGGCGCAUGCCAAAGCCAUGGCCGCGCCCCGACCUUCGUUCGAACCACAGCAGUACCUCAAGUCACAUAUUCCGACGGGGAUGAAUGGCCCAAACAUCUACCUGAGGUGCCUUUAUGGUCUGCGAUCAGGUGUUCAAGAAGAGCAGGACUUUGCUUUACACCAUCUUGUCAAGGUGUCCUAUGAGCGGGGGGACAAGUACAAGUUUGAAGGAUUUCCCUUCCUCGCCGAGUCCCUUUUAGAAAAGGCGCUGGAGAUUACACAACUGAUCUGUGGCGUCAAAUGGGAGGUCAGCUACGAGGAAGACGAGGAAGGUCAAACACUCAACACCCUGAAUGCGGCUUUCGGCACAUCAAACUUGCUCGAACGCAUACAGGCCGUCACCCCAAAGGUCGUGGAUAAGGAUUUGGAAUCCGCCGAGUUCUCCGAGAGAUUGGAGAAGUUGAAAGAAGCGGUCCUCGUCCUCCGCAAUAUGGUGAUUCUUGAAGAGAAUGCUGUUUUUCUCUCUAAAUUUCCCUUGUUCAAGGACUUCCUCGCAAUUGCCCUCUCGCUUCCACACCAACCCAGAAUUGUCGAGUACAAACAGUCGGUUCUCGAAGUUACUGAGCAAGUCACCAGAUACUGGGAAAUGAAGCCCAAAGAUCCGCUAUACAUGUCGCUCCUUCCAUACCUCGAAUCCGACGACCGGAGUAUGAUCAUUUCGGCCUUGCGGUCAAUCAAUAGAAUCGGGCUCGAGAUGGCCGAUGCACACCGUCUCACUGACGUCCCUCUGUCAACCGUGGAACGAUUGUUCUCAUUCACCCUGCUCGAUGACAUCGAGCUCCUCGAAAACUCGCUUGAUUUUCUCUAUGAAUACACCGCAAUUCCAGAGAAUAAUACAGAGCUACUCUCAAACGCAUUCCAUCUUCUACCAAACAUCAUUUCUCGCCUCACAACUCUUCUGCUUUACCAGUCAAUCACCCAUGAAGAAAACGUCGUGGCGAAACCCUCGCCGAGGAUGGCAUCAAUUCCCGCCACAAUCCCCAUUAUUCCCCCUGAGGUGCAUGCACAUCUUUUGCAAUUCGUCGAGCCGGAGCGUUCCUCGAGAUGGCUCCGGUGUUGCUUUGAAGAGUCUUUGAUGGACGACAUCACGCAAAUCGCGAUUUGGCAAGCAUAUCAGGGCAAAUUCGCGCAAAACAACCCCGUUCCUGCCGCUGACUUCAUUAAGAAUGUCUCAAAUACUUUCGUCUCUGCGCAGGCUCAAGUGAUUAAUGGGCCAACCCCAAGGUUCAUCAUUAAGGGGAUCAAGCCACGAAGGAUCCUGGUCGAUCUUCAAGGCCGACCUCUGUUCAAAUGUCUGUGGGAUAUGUCUCGCCCUGACAUGCAGGACCCGAGUGGUCGAGUCAAUCCACGGAAUCUCUGUCCUGUCUGGCAUACAAGACGUGAAACUUUGUGGAAUCACAUUAUGACGGAUCAUCUGAGAAUUGAGAAGAAACCUGAGGGACGGUUUGUGCCCCAACCUGGUCAAACAUGGAUUUGUCGCUGGACACAUUGCGGACGGAAAUCUGCAAUAACGAAGAGCAGCGAGAUCGGCCCUCAUAUGCGCAUGCACAUCCCCCAGGCGGCUAGUGACCAAUCCAAGAUCAUCCACGAACUGGCGCAGGACAGCAAAGAUCCAGAUCCCGUUCAGAUGAAGCACGAAUGGCAUUAUACAGCGAUGGAUCAAACCAAUCAUCCCUGCGGUAUACCCUGGAUGAGCGUUAUGAUUCUACGGAAUUUGGCGCGAUUUGCCAACAAGCAUGGUCAGCCCUUUGAAAGAGAGGGUGUCAGGCUGAAUGAGAAGUUGUUUGGAGCUCACAAAUAUGGCCUUUUUCAUGUGUUGAGUGUAAGUCGGACAUUACGGGAUUAUGUCAAUGACCUCCUGAGAAUGAUUGAGGAAGGCCAGAAAGAUGAGAAGAGGGGCGUGAAGAGGGAGCACGACCAUGAGGAUGAACAUGAAGACUAG